AUGGCUGCCUUAAUGCCUAAGUACCAGCAAGCCCUAAACACUAGGCACCAACUCAUUCUAUGGCAGUAUCGCACAGAACAAGACCCAGCCAAAAAAGAAGAAAGAAAAACAAACCUCAUGAAAGAAGUCAUUCCAUUUUAUUUAAGGAGAUUUGAAAGAAUAAUCAGAGACAAUAAAGGAUUUGCUGUUGGAAAUUCUGUUACAUGGGCUGAUUUCGCAUUUGCAGUAUCUCUUGAAAACUUUGAACUGAUAUUCGGAAAGGACUCCCUUGAACCAUAUCCCAACCUGCGAGGCCUCAAAGACAGAGUUUAUUCACUUCCAAGAAUUAAAGAAUGGAUUGCUCGCCGUCCACAAACUGAGUUCUAAAACAAAAAUUGUGAACACUUACCUAUUAUCUAAAGAAAUAUUUGCAGCGUUGGUGUAAAACUGUUAAUUUUAAUGUUUCAUCCUUGUUGUAUGACUAACAAAUAUAUAUUCAUAUAUAUAUAUAGAAGAGUAUACCAGUAGACACAUUCUGGGUACUACCUAUUAUUUAAUCCAGAGUUUAAGCUAGAUAAUGUAGAAGAACCAAAAACAUUGAAUCAAAGGCCUUAAGCAAGCAAAAUUAAAACACAUAUCAACGGAAAAGCUUUACUUCAUAAAAUUGAAACAAAAUUGGAAAUAUUGUUUAAAAUAUUUUGUAAUUGUACACUAUCUUCCACUGAGCUGUCAACUGAUUCAAUGACCCACAUAUAUAUAAAAUCGUGAACUAAACUGAAUUGUAAAGUCUUUUAUUUUAAUUAAAAGAGAAUAGCUGAAUAUAGAGCAAUAAUCAAAUGCCUUUUAACAAAGGUUAUCUUCAAAGAUAUAAAAAUUAAAAAAAGGGCUGAAAACUAUUAGAAAGUAUCUAAUCUAGGUCUGCACAAAUAUUUAAAUGAACACCAAAUACAUAUACAGAUAAAUCAACAUCCAAAGGACCAACGAGGAACAAAAAAGGCACCGCAGAAUGCGGUCAAAUCGUUAACAUUAUUUUACUUCAAAGUAUAAAAUUUACACUUACAACAUCUGUGAAGCUAACCAUCGUUAUGAUAAAUUAAACAACGAAGUUUGAACACCUCAAAAAAAUUCUAAUUUCCUCAGGAAAAAGUAUUCAUUCAACUUUUAUUCAAAUGAAAAAAUAAACUUUUAACUUUAAGCACAUGCAAGCUUUUGUAAUGUUUGGAUGACCAUUAUUUAUUGAAAAAAUAAAGCUGUGACAAAAAAUUAAGGGGUGGUUACACUAUGUCCAAUUCAGGUUGAACCCAUAGACUGAAACAUCACCAACUGAGGUUAAAAAUAAAUUAAAAAGUUAUAAUAUAGAUAUUUUUUUUAUAAUUUAAUUUUUUUUUUCUCUGGAGAUUGUUAAAUCUAACUUCCUUUUUUAAAAAUAUUGUGGCCGAAAACUUCAAAAUUGCUUAAUACUCAGAUCAGUGAUUAACUGAUUAAAAAUUUGAGGUCAUAUUUUUCUAUUGUUGAUUGCUGUACAAAUACCAUUCAUGCAAAGAUGGGAAAUAAUUUUUUUUUUCAUAUGAAGGAUUCUCUGAUUAGAGAAUUAAACUUAGGCAUUGGCCUUUCAACACAUCGCAUAGGCCAUCUUGAAUUUACAUAAUCUGGCAAAGAAUUAUCAGCAACUAUAAAAAAAAAAAAUCAACCCCCCAGGCAGGAUUCAGCUUUAAUUCCUUAAGCAUACAUUAUAUAACAUACAGUUAGGCAUAUAUUAGCAUAUCUGGUUUUAAGCAGCCCAAUAAAGCAUUUACAAAAGUAAACUUGAUAAUUUGGAAGAGCCUGGUAAUUUGUAAAUGUUGGUAAGUAGAAAGGCAAGCAACUAGUAAAGAGCUUUGCAUGAAUUUGAAACAAAUAUUCUUGAAUUCAGCUACUCUCUAAAUUUCAUAAGAAACAUAACAGAGCUUAAAUUCCACCUAAAUAUUAUCUAAAAUUAGGAAAAUAAAAAGUUUAUUGAUGAAGAAAUUACAUCAAACACUAAAUUCUUAAUGAUUGUUCAAAGAAAUAUUAAUUGAUUGUUAUGAAAGAUAUAAUUUUUUUAAUAUACAUUAAUGAAAUAUCUCGACAAAUUUCCAUGAAAAGUUAAAAAGAAAAAUUAUGAAACUGUUAUGUGGAUAUAUUAAACUGUAUCAAAUUUAUAAACCCGCAUGUUAAGCUAAUGCUAUAUUAACCAGUAAUAUCAUUGAUAAUGAGUGUUGUAGUGUCUAGAAAAAAAAAUAGAAACAUUCUCAAAACAAGCUGCAGUAUGCCUCAAGAAACUGCCUCACAUGCGUUUUGGAGCCUAAGUAAAAAUUAUUUUAUAAUGAUGAAACUAUAGUAUUUAAUAAAUAAAAUAAAUAGUAUAGCAUUUAUAUGAAAGCGUAUUAACAAAUGAUCAAAUAUUCUUGUAAGAGCAAAUGUGUAUUUUUUUAUUUAUAAAUUUCCAAUUGAAUUAUCAUGACUACAUGUUAGUUCUUGUUUCCAAUAAAAUUUAUCAGAAUCACAAUAUCAGAAACAUUCAAAUCCAUUUCUAAUAUUUAUUAGGAUGUGCCAUAAUCACAUAAAAACUGUUUGAGAGAAGAUACAUAAUUCGUAAACUCUUUCACCUACGAGUAUCUUUCAUUUUGCAUAAUAAUUCAUAAUUGAAUUAUUCAUUAUAUUUUUUAAUUCAAAAAUCAAAAGAAGCAAUUAAGUAAAGUUAAUAUUAAUUGUUUCAAACAUGAAAUAAAUGAAAGUUUUAAUGGAAACAAUUUUUUGUCAGACAAAUAUAAUAAUAAUCAGCCAUUAAUGAUGAUAAACACUCGGAAUAAAAAAUGUGGCUAUCCUAUUAUACCUGCUUUCCGUUCAAAAAAUAAUUUAUACAACCAUACUCUUUUAUAGAGAAAUUUAUUCAUUAAUCUUUAAUAAUGUUUUCCGUAUGGAGUAACCUAGGGCUUGGAAUAAAGAUAUGAAUAUUUCGUAUUCUUCAAUAAAAACAACUUCUGAUUCUUAAAAUGAUUCCAAUUAAGAUGGGCUCUUCUUUAUUCAUCUUUUAAACAUAAGAUUAAAGUGUUUUACAGGUGAUAGAAUAGGGAGAGCGGCCACUUAUUUUGCUUCACAGAGUUUCUAUCAAUAUAAAAUAUAAUUAAAUAAACAUUGUUAAUUUUAUUCAAAUUAAAUUCAAAAAUAAUAUAAUAAUUUAACAUUAAUUUAUUCAAGCAACAAGACUUUUUUUUUUGGUUUUAUAACAACAAUGAUGACUUUUUUUACAAGCUAAAAUGGAAGCAGUAAUACGUUGUUUUAGUGAUAGAAUAUAAAAUAAUAGAUAUUUAACGCACAUAUAAUAAUUAUAUUUCAUGUUGAUGUGUAUUGUUGUUACUUGUUGUACUGUAAAAAAAAAAAGAAAGAAAAAGAAAUAUUGAUGACCAUUAACUAUGUUAUUUGUAAUUUUGCAUGUUGACUAAACAAAAUAUCUAUAAGACAUUUGCAUAAGAUGUAAGUAAAUUGUGUUAGAAAUUAGUUCCUAGAAAAUAUGUUGUUAGGAC